AUGAAGACAGUCAAGAAAAAUUUGAUCUCGGCCAUAGACAGCGGUGACUCUACAGUUGUCUCGGCAAUUUUAGUCCAGAAGAUCAACACGGUGACCUACAGCGGCAGAAAACUCGUCAACGUGUCGUUGAUUCGCGCAGCCCUGAAAGGACACGAGCAGAUUGUUUCUUUAUUUAUCCAACAAGGCGCCGAUGUGAAUGCUGUGUAUGAUGAUGGGUUAACUCCCUUGAAAGCCGCUAUUGUGUCCAACAACGUGCAUGUUGUGGAGUUGCUCCUUCGAUGCGGGGCUACGACCAAACACGCUCUAAAACACAAAGAGGACAGCCCGCUGCACGUCGCUCUCAAAGCCGGACUCGUCACACAUCCGGUCAUCGGCAUGGAUAAAUGGAACUCCGACCAGCUGACCGAUACUCAGGUGAUUAAACUCAUCAUCAACAGCGGCGUGGACGUCAACCAAAAAUGUUCGGACGGUUACGCCCCGCUUUCUCUCGCCGCUUCGUCCAACAGGGAUGCCAUCGUGACGCAUCUGGUGAAAAAAGGCGCGGAUGUGAAUGCCAAGGACGACAGAUACGGCCUGAGACCGUUAAUCCACGCUGCUGUUGGUGGAUACACGUACGUCAUCAAACUUUUGAUCAAAUAUGGCGCCCAUAUCAAUGGAGCCGACCGUUGGGGAUACACUCCAUUGAUGCUUGCUGCCCAGCUGAAAAAAUCAUCUUCAGUUCUCACUUUAGUCAAGUCGGGCUGUGAUGUCAAUAAAAUCAGCGAUUUUGAUGGUAAGACGGCCCUAAUUUUGGCCACCGAGGCAAACUGUCUCGAGUGUAUGGACAUUUUACUUCAACACGGUGCAGACGUCAACUACGUCAAGCCAAUCCACAAGCCUGGUACUACGGCUCUCAUGAUCGCUGCAAAACGCGGGAACGUGUCAGCUGUCCAACUUCUGCUGACCAAUGGUGCAGACGUGAAUCUGAAUGAUAGAGAUGGCCACACGGCAUUUUCUCUUUCCACUAAUUCAGAAAUCAGGAACUUGUUGCUUAACUCAGGGGCUGACAAUGCCAGAGAAAACCAUUCGGAUUCGUGUUUUACGUUAUCUGCCCUUCAAAAUCUGGUGAUGGAGAAAUCAUUCCAUUUCAACAUUAUGUAGAGUUAAAAAAAUUCAAUCUUCUGUCAUUUCAAUUUUUCACUGAACUUUUACCAGAUAUAGGUGGAUGGUAAUAUAAAAACACUUUCUG